CCAGAGGCGGGGUCACAGUUCACCAUGGCAGGGCACUAUCAGGUGACGGCGAGCCGCUGUGUGCCACUGUAGGCGCUGCAAAGUCAAGCGAAAGGAACUGCGGCCGUCAUGAGUGAAAGCAAGGAAAAGCUUGAAGAUGAGGACGACGAGGAGGAUAUCUUAAUGAGUGACGAUGACGACGACCUAGACGCCUUCACCGAUGGAGACGCCGACAGCAGUUGCGAAGACGGCGUUUUAGGGUUCAGCGAUCCUUUUAGCGCUGAAGUAAAGCCAAGAAUCUUGUUGAUGGGCCUGCGGCGAAGUGGCAAGUCCUCCAUACAGAAAGUAGUUUUUCACAAGAUGUCACCCAAUGAAACUCUUUUCCUGGAGAGUACCAAUAAGAUCUGCAGAGAAGACGUCUCUAACAGUUCAUUUGUCAACUUUCAAAUCUGGGACUUUCCAGGGCAGAUUGAUUUCUUUGAUCCAACUUUUGACUAUGAGAUGAUCUUCAGAGGCACUGGGGCUCUUAUAUUUGUCAUCGAUUCUCAGGAUGAUUAUGUGGAAGCUUUAAACAGACUUCAUUUGACAGUAACUCGGGCAUAUAAGGUGAAUCCAGACAUCAACUUCGAAGUUUUUAUUCACAAAGUAGAUGGACUAUCAGACGACCAUAAAAUUGAAAAACAGAGGGAUAUCCAUAAACGAGCCAAUGAUGAUCUUGCAGAUUCACUGGAAAGAAUCCAUCUAAGCUUUUAUCUGACAAGUAUAUAUGACCACUCUAUAUUUGAAGCCUUCAGCAAGGUUGUACAAAAGCUUAUUCCUCAGCUUCCAACUUUGGAGAACUUACUUAACAUCUUUAUAUCUAAUUCUAGGAUAGAGAAGGCAUUCCUUUUUGAUGUUGUCAGUAAAAUUUACAUUGCAACAGACAGCACGCCAGUGGACAUGCAGACCUAUGAACUAUGCUGUGAUGUGAUAGAUGUGGUCAUUGAUAUCUCCUGCAUAUAUGGAUUGUCAGGGGAUGAAUGUGGCACUCCUUAUGACAAAGAGUCCAUGGCAAUUAUUAGGCUGAACAACACAACAGUUAUGUAUUUGAAAGAAGUCACUAAAUUCCUUGCCUUAGUGUGUUUCCUCAGGGAGGAAAGCUUUGAAAGAAAAGGAUUGAUAGAUUACAACUUUCACUGUUUCCGCAAGGCAAUUCAGGAAGUAUUUGAAGUCAGAAUGAAAGUUCUGCGAUCUCGGAAACUACUUAGUCAGAGAAGACGGAGCAGACAAGCAACUCAAAAUGGAAUGCCCUGACAGCAGUUGAACUACAGCUUCUGAGUGGCACACUCUUUCCCUCUGUGUGACUGUUGCACUGACAUAUGGCUUCUUUCCUUUAUCUUUAAUACCAAAUACAUGGCGGGUCAAAGUAAUAAAAACUUUAGUGCUUCUAGUUUGAGUUCUCCUUCACACCUCUUCCUUGUAUGUUUGUUGAUAAUUGUAGUUAAGAUCUAGACAAUCACUCAGGAAUAAAAAAACUAAUAUAUAUAUAUAUACAGUAUAUAUAUACAGUAUGUAUGUAUAACAAGGUCGAGACACAUAAGUAAGUGCCUUUGAAAACAGACUCUGUUAAAAAUUUGUAUCACUUUGCCACAGUAUCUGUAUAUAGUAAGUAAUGGCAUAAAGGAAAAGAAUACUUACUACUAAUAAUUCUGCUGUUCUCGUCCUGCAUGUCACAACAUCCUGUCUUUGACAGCAGUUAAACACUAAGACCCAAAUGUAUUUUAGAAUCUUGUUUAAUGUUGGAUUUUUUUUGUUUGGAUUGUAGAAGUAGCACUGUAUAGUAUUCAACAUAAGGUGCAACAAGUAUGAUGAUUAUAGUAAACAAUACAACCUACUGUCACUAUUACAGCAGUGCUGGCACAAGCUGCUGUACUUAAUAUUUAAUAAUGUGUAAUAGGACUAGCAUUUUACAGCAAGUGCAGAAGUCUUCCCGAUAUUACAACCUUAUAGGUAAACCUCUGUACAGUUUUAAUAAUCUUGCAAGUAUCCAAAUCUGAUGGUAGCAUAUCUUUUUUUUCAUAAAUGCAGUAUGUUUAAUUUUUACAUUACAGUUGACAAUUCAUUUUGUAGUCAUGAGUCACAAUGUACUGUUUAAGCAUUAAAAUUACAAAAGUGGUAUGUAAUGCUGAGAAAAUAUUCCCAAAUAAUCAUAACAAUAAAAAUCAACAAAUGUAAUUUUUAAAUGCAGGCAUACUGUACUUUGUUCUACAUGCAAUAUUUUGUUUAAAAAAAAGACCAAUCUGUAAAGCUUAUUUGGUAGCUAAUAGCUCAUUUCCCCUAGCAUUUCCUCCAUAUACAGUCAAGAUCGCUUCUUCAUCAUCUUGACUUGGUAGUUUGACUCCUUAGAUGUGAUAAAGUUCUUCAGGUUUAGCCCCCACAAUUUCCACUAAAGUCAUUAAGCAUGUGAUUCACGGUUUAAUCAAAAGAAUUCUGCUGGAUCAACUUUAUCAAUGCCUUUGAGAAUUUUCAGCUCCUCCAUUAGGUCUGAAUUCGGCCUUCUCUGCCCAAGAGGUUUUUUUGCUUUAACCUGAUGGAAUAGGACAUACUCUCUAGUCCUAUGCGCGUGUUUGCUCUUCUCUGAAGCUGGUACGUCACUUUUGCAGAUUGGGAAGUCCUGGGAUGCAUAUGGUUGCUCUUCUCUGUACAGUCAGAGCUGCACAUUAUCUUUACAAACAAUAACUCUAUAAAGCUGACCCAUUGAAUGCACCUCCUCUUUGUACAGUAAGCUGAAUUGCGGAGCUUUGUCAAGUUUUGUCCUUCAAAUUCCUUGUUAGUCAAGUAAUAUACUUGAAAGAAAAACACUACAAAUUAUUUUCAUAAGAAAACAGUCUUUAAUUCAAUGUAUAGUAGCUUAAUUUCUAGUCACCAAAUGUUUCUAAAAUGAUGGUAUUUUUUAAAAUCAUGAGUUAUUGUGAAUUUAACUGAAUCUUGUGACAAGAGAACAAUAUGUCUUUAAAUUCCUUUACAAAAUAAAAGUAGUAGUAGCAGUAGUGUUACUUGUUCAGACUACUAUGACAUAAAAGAGUUAGCUUAUUCAGUUCAAGUGUGUGAAUUUAGAAUUUAGAAAAUGUAUGGCUGGAAUAGAACAUGCCACUGUUUGACUUGUAAAAAUGAGGCUUCAUGUCUUGUGUUUCCGACAAUCUGAUGGUCUGUAUCAUCUUAUCUAAAUGUAUGGUUAUCCUGCAAAGUUUAACUUUUUAUUGAAACUGCACAAAGUACCAUUUUCAUACACUAACCAGCCACUUUUAUAGCAUUCUUUUUGUUAUUACAGAGUUUCGAGUGCUGAAUAGACCUCUGGAUACACAAUUCUAAAU